CAUCGGUGCAUCAGCAUCCUUAACACCUUACGCUCCUCUCCUUUCCUCUCUCUCUCUCUACUGUCAGUCUUUUCUCCUGUGUUGGCUUCCAAAUCCAUUGCCAUCAAGAAAUGCUGUUACUCUGAUUCUCCAAAAUUCCAUCUAAAGGUCUCGAAGUUUCUUUCACAGAGGAAAAAUGGCGAUUCCCGAGUUAAUUUUGCUUUCUCUCCUUGCCCUUCUCUUGAUCUCACCGACGGAAUUGUUGGCGGUGACAGCGACGGCGGCUACAAACAGCAAAGACCAUAUCACAUCCAUCCACUUGUCGAAGGAGACUACGAGAUCGACCUUGGCUGUGAAAAGGAAAGAUCAGAUUGCAUGCACAAUGUGCUCCGCCUGCGACAACCCCUGCAACCCAGUCUACUCUCCGCCACCUCCAUCUCCUCCUCCGCCGUCCCCACCACCACCCUCCUCAUCCAGCUCUGAUUGCCCACCACCACCGUCACCGCCCAGUUCCGGUUCCGGUGGUACCUACUACUACUCGCCACCACCUCCCUCUCAGCCCACGACCGGCGGUGGAAGCUACAGCUAUCCUCCGCCGCCGCCAUCAGGUGGGGCCAUAGGCGGCAGUGUCUAUCCUCCUCCGAAGAGUUACUACCCAGCACCACCGCCUCCGAACCCAAUUGUGCCGUACUUUCCUUUCUACUUUCAUUACCCUCCUCCGCCUCCUGGCUCCUCAAAUUCCGUCCAAUUGAAAGCUCCCGUUGUAUUGUCAACUUCACUCAUUCUUCUCUUUCUGUGUUUUUCCUUUUAGAAGAUCCCACUGCAAAGAAUAAUUCGUAGAAUUGCAGAUCUACAAAUCAGUCAAUUAGAAGAGAAAGUCACAGAGAGAGAGAGACACACACACACACACAGAGAGCUUAGUGUUUAUUGGGGGAAAUGCUUUUCUCUAUCCGAUGGUGCCAUUCAAGGACGACGAGAAUGAAGAAGGACAAGAAGGGUUUCGUUUCACGAAGCAGGAAUUAACUGCCUCCACCUCUGUAGCCCAAUUGUCUCCUCUGCUCUGUUCUCAUUCUUGCUGGGGCUGUAGAAUGAUUUGUAAUUUCCUGGUAAAAUUGUUGUUUUUUCCCACUCCGUUUCUCAUUAAUGUGAUUAGAAAUAAGUUAUUUAGCGAUUCUUGUUGAAGUUCUUGGCAAAAACACAUAAUUGAAGUAAUCUACUUCACUUUUAGUUCCUUAAA